GGACGUGUUGCAAAACCUCCCUCAGUCUGUAUUUCUCCUGUAAAAUAGAGAUAAUAAGAAACACUUCACAGCGUCUUGUGAAGUUUAGAGGUUACAUGAUGGUGAAGUGCCUUGCACUUGAUUAAUGGUAGGUCUUGUUAAGUCUCUAAUGGUGACAUUCUGUGGCUUCCCCAAACAGCAACCUUGCCAACUUGAUGUCCACUGCCGCUACAUGUAUUUGUUUAUUUCCAAUCCUUCGUUUUAAUUCUGGUGGUAACUUAACUUUCAUAUUAUUAUUAGAUGCCUUGCCUCACAAUCGCUUUCUUAGAAAUGCAAUCUCUUCUCCACAGGGUCUCUUUGAGAUUAAAGAGAAAGAAGUGGCACAUUUAGGAUCUGAGAGCAAUUUUCAUUUAAAAGAAGAUCAUUGUUUUCAUUACCCUAUCAUUAAUGUUUUCUAUUUUCCUUUAUCAGGGAGUUAGUUUGAAGUGAUUUGUGUUGCCAAACCGAACGCUUGUUUUCCUGCAAGAUGAAAGGAGACAGCCAUGAAUGAGCCACUGGACAGUUUUGCAAAUGCUUCUUCCGACUUCCCCGAUUUUGCAGCGCCUUUUGGAAACUGCACUGAUGAAAAAAUCCCACUCAAGAGGCACUACCUCCCUGUAACAUAUAGCAUCAUCUUCCUGGUGGGCUUUCCAGGGAACGCAGUAGCAAUUUCCACUUACAUUUUCAAAAUGCGGCCGUGGAAAGGCAGCACCGUCAUUAUGCUGAACCUGGCCUGCACAGACCUGCUGUAUCUAACCAGCCUCCCUUUCCUGAUUCACUACUAUGCCAGCGGCGAAAACUGGAUCUUUGGGGAUUUCAUGUGCAAGUUCAUCCGCUUCGGCUUCCAUUUCAACCUGUACAGCAGCAUCCUCUUCCUCACCUGUUACAGCAUCUUCCGAUACUUCGUGAUCAUUCACCCCAUGAGCUGCUUUUCCUUUCACAAGACUCGAUGGGCCGUGGUGGCCUGUGCUGUGGUGUGGAUCAUUUCCCUGGUGGCCGUCAUUCCCAUGACCUUCCUGAUCACAUCAACCACCAGGCCCAAUAGAUCGGCCUGCCUUGACCUCACCAGUUCGGAUGACCUCGCCACUAUCAAAUGGUACAAUCUAGUUUUGACUGCAACUACUUUCUGCCUUCCCCUGGUGAUAGUGACACUGUGCUAUACAAUGAUUAUCUGCACCCUAACCCAAGGACCUCAGAAUCACAGCUGCCUUAAGCAGAAAGCUAGAAGGCUAACCAUUCUGCUACUCCUCGUGUUUUACAUAUGUUUUCUACCCUUCCACAUCUUGAGGGUCAUUCGGAUCGAAUCUCGACUGCUUUCAAUCAGCUGCCCCAUCGAGAAUCAGAUCCAUGAAGCGUACAUCGUUUCUAGGCCGUUGGCCGCCCUGAACACCUUCGGUAACCUGUUACUGUAUGUGGUGGUCAGUGACAACUUCCAGCAGGCCCUCUGCUCGAUGGUGAGAUGCAAAGCCAGUGGGGACCUGGAACAAGCAAAAAAAAUCAGUUAUUCAAACAACCCUUGACAUACUUCAUUUAGUCAACCAAGAAGAAAAGCCUGCUGGUAUUUUAACUUCUAAGUCCAGAGCGGCUCCCUCAGUGGCUCUCAGGAAAUAUUGUAUGUUCAGGUAAUCACGUGCCAAAGCCAGGACGGGGCUACCGGGAGUUCUUGGUAACCCAUUUAUUGAGAUCUUCCCUAGGGUAGAGGUAAGAAUGGGAUACAUGCGUAUCAGCAGAAGAUUCACAUGUAGAAUCCAAACUAUUAGAAAUCAGGGACAUCUUGCAAAAACACCUAGU